AUGUCCCUAAUCUCCAAAACCCCAAUAUAUUUCGGCCCUUUCUUAGUGACACCACAGGAAAGCUCCCCCCACCAACCCCGGCCCCCGGAAACUCACACCCCACAACUCCUAACUAACAUCAACAACCAACAGGUCUUCUACGUAACCCCCCUCUCCUUCGCCCUCGUAAACCUCAAGCCCCUCUUACCAGGCCACGUCCUCGUCUGCCCCCUCCGGCGCGUCCCGCGCGUCACCGACCUCACCCCUAGCGAAACAACCGACCUCUUCCUAACCGUCCGACGCGUGGGUCGCAUGAUCCAGCGCGUAUACCACGGCACAAGCCUAAAUAUAGCUAUCCAGGAUGGCCCGGAAGCCGGGCAGACGGUGCCGCAUGUGCAUGCGCAUAUAAUACCGAGGCGGAAGGCGGAUUUGGAGCACAGGGGUGGUUCUGAUGCUAUUUAUGAAAUGAUGGAGGGUCGGGAGGGGAAUAUCGCGAGGCAUUUGGGGGAGAUGGUGGAGGAAAAGAGGGAGAGGGAAAGGGAGAGGGAGCGCUCUAGGUUUCCGGGCGUUGAUAAUGAGACACGGGAGCCGAGGUCAGAGGAGGAGAUGAUGGAAGAGGCGGUUGCGUUAGCUAAGGAGAUGGAGGGGGAGGCGGUGGAUUGA